AUGAACGAGAAGCUCAACCUCCACUUCGACGGCCGACGACAUGUGGCCCCGCUGUCGGCGCGCUGCGCCGCGGCAGUCCACUGGCGCGACCGGCCGCUGGGCGAUGAGGCGACGUUCGCCGAGGAGCUUCGCGCUGGCCGCUCUCUGCGCGUGGCCGGCGGGCCAUGCCCGUUGUCACGCUUCUAUGCGCGCCGCGCUGCCGUCCUGGCAGAGCUGCCCUGGCGCACCAACAUCUGGCGCACGGCACGUCGGCGUCUGGAGCGCACGCCACCCGGCACGCGCACCUACAUCGGCGUGCACGUGCGACGCACCGACUACGAGGAAUGGCUGGCUACCCACCUCGACGGCCGCCUGGUCUCCCCCGUGUACCUGCAACGUGCGCUGCGGUACGCGCGACACGCCUACCCUAGGCCGGCUUUCCUCGUCUCGAGCGACGAUAUGGUGUGGUGUCGGGAGCAUAUCGUCGGCACCGACGUGGUGUUCGUCGGCUCCGACGCGUCGGAGGCCGUCGAUCUUGCGACCCUCGCGCUGUGCAAUCACACCAUCCUCACGUACGGGACGUUCGGGUACGUGUCUGCUUUUUUGGCCGGUGGGGACGUGCUGGCGCCGACCGGUUACUCCAGGAUCGAGUAUUUCCUGACGAACGAGCUUCGGUGGGCGGGCCGCAACAUUACGCUGUUCGCGAACGCGCCGCCGUAG